UCAAGACUGUCCAUAAUUUUAAAGGGUGCCUCGGGACUGUCCAUAAUUUUAAAGGGUGCCUCGGGACUGUCCAUAAUUUUAAAAGGGUGCCUCGGGACUGUCCAUAAUUUUAAAAGGUGGUUCGGGACUGUCCAUAAUUUUAUAAGGUGCCUCAGAACUGUCCAUAAUUUUAAAGGGUGCCUCGGAACUGUCCAUAAUUGUAGAACGUGCCUUAACCGAAGGUUGAGGAACCUUGGGCUAGAGAACACUCCAUGUUAUACACUGGAGAAGAGAGGAAAGGGUCUU